AUGCACUAAGUUGAUUGAAAAAUUGUCGCAUAGUGUUUACGAUAUAAUUACCGGUAACAUAUUACUGCACCAUACUAUCCAAUCACUACUGCGUUUUGCCGAUUGCCGCACACGUGCUGAGAUUUUGUGAUAUUUUUUACUCAAUUAUUCCACUUUACUAAACUUGUAGAGCGUCUUUAAGCAUUGUUUGUUGAGGAUUACUAAUUACUGUUUAAUAACAUCAGAUCAACGGCAGCAUUUUUGAUUAUAAGCAAUAACAAGCAUAUGGCAAUGGUGUCAGAGGCAAAGGUAAAUGGUGGUGACAUGGAGGCCCCAGCAACUGACCUGCUGCCUGCGCUAGCAGAGAAACCCCUCGGCUUGCCACCGGGGAAGUACUCUCUUGUUGGAUGGGACAUGGAUACGACUGGACGGAGACUUAUUGAUGAAAUAUGUCAGAUAGCGGCGUUCAUGCCUAAGCAAACAUACACGCAAUAUAUAAUGCCGUAUGGAGAUCUGAAUCCUGGUGCUCGCCGGCGCCACAAUAUCAGAGUGGUCACUGUUGGUCGGUAUAGGAUGCUUAAAGAUACAAUUACUCAUAAGAUAUUAAAAACAAAAUCGGAAAUAUCAGCGCUAACAGAUUUCCUGGACUGGUUGGAGAAAGAAAAAGGGGACAGUAAAGUGAUUCUCAUCUACCAUGAACCAAGACGUCUCAGCCCCAUUAUGUUACUCGAAGCACUCAUACGUUACAAGCUACUGGACCGAUUCAAGUCUAUUGUCGCUGGCUUCACUGACAGCUACGCACUGGCCGCGGACAAGUGCAAGACGACAGUCAAGUCUGUGUCGCUUCGAGUACUCGCGCGAGUACUGCUCGACGCGGACUCGUUGUCUGUGGACAGCGCAUUGGAUAGAGCAACCGCUGCCUAUCGUAUUGUCGAACAUCUUGCUCAAGGUGAACAACAAGAGGUGGGUGCGGGAGGCGAAGGAGCGUCAGCCAGCAAAGAUAUGGUGGAGACCGCGAGGGUAUGGGCUAGACCCGUGCUGACUGAACUAGACGCCUUAGACAAUCUCAAGAAUUUGCUUGAAAGACAGAACACGUUCCGUCCGGUGUUCGCGCCGCUGCUGCGCGCCGCGAGGCCCGAGCGCAAGCGCGUGACGCAGCUGCGGCGUAUACUGGCCGAGGCGGGCUUCCUCUACGAACAGCUGCGCGACGCCUGGGAGGAGCACAAGCUCACUGGUUUAGAGAAACAGUUGGGUUUGUUGUCUGUAUCGGCUAAAGAAGAGGAUAUAAAGGAGCUUAUAGAAAUCUUCGACUGUCACUUUGACCCCACCAAAGAACCGAAAGGACUCAAGCCGAGAUUAUCCAAUAGAAAUAGACCAACAUCGUCGGCGGGUGAAACGGGCGAGGCAGAAGGAAGCACCAGUGACUCACAGAAAAGUUCUCCACAGAACUCUCCUACCAAGAUCAGUAACGAUGUGUCCGCGGGGGACACUAGUCAAAUCGAAGCUGCCCCAGAGCCGGUGGCGGCUAACUAACCCCUCCCCUCAUCCCCUAAAUCCCCAUUUACACUUUUCUACCAGAUGUCUUUAGUAUCGCAAACUACGCCAUACGAAUGUAACAAACAUUUAUUCGUAUUAUACAACA